UCUUGCAGUAGCAACAGCGAAGGGGAGAGAGGUUGUGAGCGAUCACACGCGAUUACAUUAAGACAAUUUUUGACAGCGCAGGUUGGGCAAGGACGGAGCAGGGGGAGCAGCCCCCGAUAUCGGUCCUCCCUUACCUUUUUCCUCUCUCCCCCCAUCCGCUUCCCUUCUUCUUUGAUCCCUAAACUGGCACUCGAGCUGCGGCGGCGGGGCCGGGGGCGAGGCGGCUGCUGCAGGAGCGCGGCUCCAGCUCUCCGCCGCCCAGCGCGGCCGUAGCCCGCCCGCAGCCCGGCUCCAAACUCGCGUCCCGGGGCAGCGCCGGGGCGGCCGCGCCGCUGCCCCCGCCUCGGCAGCGCCCCGGUGCCCGGCCCGGCGCCUCGCCCGCCCCGGAGCCGAGAGCGGCGGCUGGAGGGGGAGCGCCCCAAGGAGCCGGAGCGGCGGCGGCGGCGGCCGCCCUCGGCGCCCGGGACAAUGGUGCUGGACAAGGAGGACGAGACUUGCUCUCCUCUCCCCUGAGCGGAGGCUGCUGGAGAAGAAGCAUCCGUGCCCGGACUUUUCUUGAUUGCGGAGAUGAUGGUGCUGGACAAGGAGGACGGUGUGCCGAUGCUAUCCGUACAGCCCAAAGGGAAGCAGAAGGGCUGCGCCGGCUGCAACCGAAAGAUCAAGGACCGGUACCUGCUGAAGGCUCUGGAUAAGUAUUGGCAUGAAGACUGUCUAAAGUGUGCCUGCUGUGACUGUCGUCUUGGAGAGGUUGGAUCAACUCUUUACACAAAAGCAAAUCUCAUUCUCUGCCGCAGAGAUUACCUGAGGCUCUUUGGUACCACCGGGAAUUGUGCUGCCUGCAGUAAACUGAUCCCUGCCUUUGAGAUGGUGAUGAGGGCCAGAGAUAAUGUUUACCAUUUGGACUGCUUUGCCUGUCAGCUCUGCAACCAGCGAUUCUGCGUGGGAGACAAGUUUUUCCUGAAGAACAACAUGAUCUUGUGUCAGAUGGACUAUGAGGAAGGGCAGCUGAAUGGGAGCUUCGAGUCCCAGGUUCAAUAACAGCCCCUGCUUCGCUGGAGCACUGUGGGAUGGGCGCUUGGCCGCACGAGCAGCGAGGGCGUCUGUCAGCUUGCCUGCAAUAUUUUUUUAAUUCUUGGUCCAGAGAGGACUAUAUACAUUGUAGUACUUUUCCCCCCCAACACAAAGCAGUUACAAUUUUAGAUGUACAGUUGUGCCUGCUUAGCUGAGCACUGCAUUGCCUGUAUGUUUGUGAGUUUUUGGGGUCUGGGGGAGGGCUCUGUACAGUCUGUUUUCUGUAUAUAAACUGGAACAUUUAUUUUAUGAAAAAUGUAAUGCAAUUUUAUUACUGGUGUGAAUUAAAAAUUAUGAAUGUUUCCUGG